AUGGCUGCACGAUCCCAGGAGGAUGAUGUGGCAACGGCAUCUCUGCUACUCAACUCCGCAGGAAUUGCAAAGCAUUUGUUCCCGAAAACGUAUCACGUAAAGCUGAGCAAAGGCUUCAUCGCGUACCUGAUUUUCCUGACAGUUUUCAUUUUUGCAUACACACUCGUCAUCUACUAUGCGCCGCAGCGACAUUCGGAGCAAAUAGGUGUUGCAUUUGAGCACUUGCUCAUCUUCGAUGUCGCUUACUGUGGUGCCAUCCUCUUCCUCAUUCUGAUGCAAGUUCCUCGUAGAGUGGUCAGGGAAAAUGAGAGUCUUCUGAUCGUCUUUUGCUGCAGGACCAGGGUUGUGCGCAUUGAGUCCUUGGUGGAAAUACGCUUGGAUGUCAGAUGCUGCCGCAUGCAUGUUUUCGCUCAUUUCAUCAAGGAGUUCGUGCUGGACAACUGGCAAUAUCAUUCGUUGGCCGACUUGAUGCGCCAGCUCUACGAGACGAAUCUGCAGGCUGUCAGUGCAGCAAUGCGUUCAGAGACCGCCAGAGCCAUGGCAGGUGCAAGCUCUUUCUGGCAAGCUGCCUUCGAGAAGGUCUUGACAGGCGCUGCUAGCCACAGUUUUUCGUGA